CUGAAAAUAUCGAACUCAUCACGCUCGUAUCGGACCACACCCAGUAUCGAGAUGAUUGAUAUCGGCGUCGACCCGCCUACCGCCAGCUCUGGAGUCGUCUCUUCACCGCACACACGCAGGCGCUGCACUGUUUCUAUUCAUGCACUGACACCGCCUUCCGGUUCCUUGGCUUUACCGGCCUUUCCUGUAAGUUCUGUUUCGGGGAGUUGAAGCUGCAGUCGAGGGAGAGAGACCGGCAGGAACAAGCAUGGCCACCGACCGGGACCCUUCUUUCACCGUCAAGCUCGCCCAGCUGCUGCUGCUGUCUACAUACUGGGGCAUGCAGAUCUGGGUCACCUUUAUUUCAAGCUUCGUGAUGGACAACCACCUGAACAGGCACACUUACGGCUUCAUCCAGAGCCGCCUGGUUCCUUUCUACCUGCACUUGGGCUCUGCCUGCGCCUUCUUCAACCUCGCCAUCUACGCCAUCUACCAUCCCAGCGACAUGCUGGACGAAAGGGAGGCCUUCCAGAUCUUCAUCUUCUUCCUGUCGGUCACCAUCGCGGCGGUCAACGCCCAGUGGUUCGGCCAGAUGACGUCGGAGAUCAUGGCCGACAUGCACCUGGUGGAGCAGGCGUGCGGCCUGGGCCAGGACAUCGGCCUGUCGUCCAACCGCGAGGCGUACGCCAAGCUGAGCGAGACGGACGCCAAGUACCGCCACCUGAGCGGGCGCCUGCGGCUCUACCGGCUGCUGUCGUCGCUCUGCAAUGUGUGCUGCAUCGCCUGCAACUUCUACAGCCUCAGCUACAUGGCCGAGAACCUCAGGGCGCUGUGACGCGGACUUUUUUAUCAGGACUUAUUCCCUUUGGGGUCGCGGGGGGCGCUGGUGCCUAUCUCAGCUACAUUCGGGCGCAAGUCGGGGUACACCCUGGACGAGUCGCCACCUCAUCAACACAGAUGGACAGACAACAUUCACACUCACAUUCACACACUAGGGCCAAUUCAGUGUUGCCAAUCAACCUAUCCCCAGGUGCAUGUCUUUGGAAGUGGGAGGAAGCCGGACUACCCGGAGGGAACCCACACAUUCACGGGGAGAACAUGCAAACUCCACACAGAAAGAUCCACUUACCUUUCACUAUUUGAGUAACUUUUGUUCUGCCAUUUGCGUACUGGCGAGAGUCACUUGCCGUCAGGUGCCCAACACCACGUAAAUCGUUGGCCAAUCAAAAAGCAACCCCAUAACGCUAUAGCCAACAUUCACCAGGAGAUGGCGACAGACAACAUAGAAUCACUUUGCUAAGGCUGUAACUUCCUCGUUCUUCUCCUUCGUCCUUGUGUGUGCACUUUUUUAUUAAAAUCCCUAGAUGUUGUAACGUGAUUGGGCAGGCAAGCUGUUUAUAUAACAGGAAAGCGGACGUAAAAACAGGCAGUCCCCACUCAUGUCCGCAUGGAGCUGGAGGGGGUGUGAAUUUCGGGAGAAAAUUUCUUCCGGGAGGUUUUCGGGAGAGGCGCUGAAUUUCGGGAGUCUUCUGGAAAAUCCGGGAGGGUUGGCAAGUAUGGUUUGUAUUAAACAUGCUUCACUGAUUCGAGUAUUUGGCGAGUGCCGUUUUGUCCUACUAAUUUUGGCGGUCCUUGAACUCACCGUAGUUUGUUUACAUGUACAACUUUCUCCGAGUUUCUUAGACGUGAUUUAUGCCGCUUCUUUUUCUGUCUCAUUUUGUCCACGUUGUGCAUGAAUGCACAGAGUUGAGUUUUGUUGAUGUUAUUGACUCAUGUGGAGUGCUAAUCAGACAUAUUUGGUCACUGCAUGACCGCAAGCUAAUCGAUGCUAACAUGCUAAUUAGGCUAGCUGUAUGUACAUAUUGCAUCAUUAUGCCUCAUUUGUAGCUAUAUUUGAGCUCAUUUAGUUUCCUUUAAGUCCUCAUAAUUCAAUUUACAGCUCAUGACACACUAUCUGUAUGUAAUAUGGCUUUUAUUUUUUUGCGGCUCCAGGUGGAUUUGUUUUUCUAUUUUUGGUCCAAUAUGGCUCUUUCAACAUUUUGGGUUGCCGACCCUUGCCUUAGGAAAAAAAAAAGGGGUGCAAUAAAUAUUACGACAGAACGUCCUGCUGAUAACAUUAAAAAUAAAUAGCUCUGAUUAUAGAUUUUUGUCAAAAAUAGGUUAUAGUACCCGCACUGUGCUGUCGGUGGGUCAGGGCGAACAAAUCAAGCGCUCCUUUUCACCUGUAAACAAAAACUGGGAUUUCAAAUGGUCUGUAAAUGUUAAAGUACCAAUGAUUUGUCCAACACACACUCGUGGCGAAAUUAUCCUCUGCAUUUGACCCAUCACCCUUGUUCACCCCCUGGGAGGUGAGGGGAGCAGUGGGCAGCAGCGGUGGCUGCGCCCGGGAAUAAUUUUUCGUGAUUUAACCCCCAAUUCCAUCCCUUUGAUGCUGAGUGCCAAGCAGGGAGGUAAUGGCUCCCAUUUUUAUAGUCUUUAUGUCCCGCGGAGAGGGAAAAAAAAUAAUCAUGCAUCAACACAUCGAACCUUAUCAUCCACCUGGAAUGCCGGCAUCGCUACCACAGUGUUGUGAAAGCCUAAGAAGACGCCAAGCAGAAGCCAACUACAGUCAAAGCGCCAUUAAAAACAUAAAUACAAUUAAGUUAUCGGUCUGAGAAGUUAUCUGUAAUUGUGUCGGCCCGUCCUAAAAAAUAUAUAUUAGCUCAUAGGGUAGGAGCCAAAGUAGCCUGUUUUUAAAAUGGUUGUAUUAUUGCUUGAAUGCCAAAGAAUAUAUUGCGAUACAGAGAUGAUCACAAAAGGCGGUGUCGCAUAUCGCAAUGUGGAUUUUAUCCCAUGUUGCAUAUGUCCAAGUGCACCUUUUUUUUAAUGAAAGCGCUAACACUCGCAACUUUUUUUGGCCCCAUUAGUGAGGUGAGUCACCGGGUGCCUUGUAAAAAAAAAAUGUUUAACCAAGACGACAUAUGAAAACCAAAGGGGAAAAGUUGCUGUAAAAACACGAAUCAUACAAAAAUAUGAUAGUUUAAUCUGUGAAUAACUUUUUGCAAUUGUGGCAUUACUACUCUGCAACCAGCAGGGGCGCUGCAAUAAGUUACAGGAAGGCGAGCUCCGGUCUAUGCACGCCUCACCCAGGUAACUUUGUUUUCAUUUGAAGGGUUUUCAAACACGUUUUCUCCAACGGCGUACGACCGCGACAUGUCUGAUGGUACGCAGCUGCCAUGUUUUGGUGCUAACUUGGUGGGCGGGUGAGGUUGCACAUGAAGCACGGCGAGGACUCAAGGUUUUUUUUUUCUUGAGGUCAUGUGCACCACUCUCCAUGACACUUUGUAAGUGGAGUCCCUUUUAUGGAAGUAUUAUUGUCGCUAGAUUAUUUGCAAAUGUGUAUCUCAACUGGAGUGUGUGUAAUCAAAUUCACACGUGUGUGUGUUCUUGUGUUUCUACCCUUCUUGAGACAUCAACAAGGAAAAGUAGCUUCCAUAUGAGGAGGUGUGAACAAGUUUGGACAUAAAUCAUGCUACCAAUACGGAAAAACAUUGCAUCUAAUAGAGAAUGUCUCAUUUGCACCCCUGCUGGUGAAAUGUAUCAAAAUGAGGGUGGUCCCAAAAAGAAGGGAUUUUUCAAAUUGACUGUGUGUCGGUUUUAAAGGUGCUCCCUCUCUGGUCAACAUAUGAAAUAACAAGUGUGUGUAAAAAUUUGAAAUGCUCCCCCUGUGGCCAACAUAUGAAAUAAGUGUGUGGAAGGAAUUGAAAUGCGCCCCCUCUGGCCAACAUAAAAUAACAAGUGUGAGUGUGUAAAAAUCUGAAGUGCUCCCCCUCUGGCCGACAUCAGAAACAAGUGUGUGGAAGGAAUUGAAAUGCACCCCCUUUGGCCAACAUAUGAAAUAACAAGUGUGUGUGUGUGUAAAAAUCUGAAGUGCUCCCCCUCUGGCCGACAUCAGAAACAACAAGUGUGUGGAAGGAAUUGAAAUGCGCCCCCCUUUGGCCAACAUAUGAAAUAACAAGUGUGUGGAAGGAUGUGAAAUGCUCCCCCUCUGGCCAACAUAUGAAAUAACAAGGGUGUGUAAAAAUUUGAAAUGCUCCCCCUGUGGCCAACAUAUGAAAUAAGUGUGUGGAAGGAAUUGAAAUGCGCCCCCUCUGGCCAACAUACGAAAUAACAAGUUUGUAAAAAAUUUGAAAUGCUCCCCCUCUGGCCGACAUAAAAUAACAAGUGUGAGUGUGUAAAAAUCUGAAGUGCUCCCCCUCUGGCCGACAUCAGAAACAAGUGUGUGGAAGGAAUUGAAAUGCACCCCCUUUGGCCAACAUAUGAAAUAACAAGUGUGUGUGUGUAAAAAUCUGAAGUGCUCCCCCUCUGGCCGACAUCAGAAACAACAAGUGUGUGGAAGGAAUUGAAAUGCGCCCCCCUUUGGCCAACAUAUGAAAUAACAAGUGUGUGGAAGGAUGUGAAAUGCUCCCCCUCUGGCCAACAUAUGAAAUAACAAGGGUGUGGAAGAAAUUGAAAUGCUCCCCCUUUGGCCUACAUAUGAAAUAACAAGUGUGUAACAAUUUGAAAUGCUCCCCCUCCGGCCAACAUAUGAAAUAACAAAUGUGUGGAAGGAAGUGAAAUGUUCCCCUCUGACCAACAUAUGAAAUAAGUGUGUGGAAGAAAUUGAAAUGCUCCCCCUCUGGCCAACAUAUGAAAUAAUAAGUGUGUGGAAGAAAUUUAAAAAUGCUUCCCCUCUGGCCAACAUAUGAAAUAAUAAGAGUGUGGAAGAAAUUGAAAUGUUCCCCCUCUGGCCAACAUAUGAAAUAAUAAGAGUGUGGAAGAAAUUGAAAUGUUCCCCCUCUGGCCAACAUAUGAAAUAAGUGUGUGGAAGGAAAUGAAAUGCUCCCCUUCUGGCCAACAUAUGAAAGAACAAGUGUGUGGAAGGAAGUGAAAUGCGCCCCCCUUUGGCCAACAUAUGAAAUAACAAGUGUGUGGAAGGAAGUGAAAUGCUCCUCCUCUGGCCAACAUAUGAAAUAACAAGUGUGUGGAAGAAAUUGAAAUGCUCCCCCUUUGGCCUAUGUAUGAAAUAACAAGUGUGUAAAAAUUUGAAAAGCUCCCCCUCUGGCCAACAUAUGAAAUAACAAGUGUGUGGAAGGAAGUGAAAUGCGCCCCCUUUGGCCAAAAUUAAUUAAUUUAUUUUUAUUUUUAUAUAGAGACAUAAGGUAAUAACGAAGUAAAUAAACACCAGUUACAAAGAAAACAUUCGGAAACAAUUUAUUAAAUGGUUUAAUUGUUUUGUAUUUGCAUUGUAUGUAUAUAUUAAUGUUGUAAAUACAAAUAUUUUUAUAUCUAGAAAGGCUGGUCCUAAAGAGGUAGGCAUUUUUCAGAGGUCUCAAGAAGGUAAGUAAUACAAGAAUGUGUGUUUUUGGCCCGUAUCAUGAUGUGUCUGUGUAAAACAUAUCUGUCCGUAUUUCGAUUGGGAUGUGUUAAAUUUAAAAAAAUAUAUGUUUGCGUAUUUAGAUGUGUGUGUUUGUGUGUGAAGCAGGAACUCUGUCGGCUGUCUUUUUACACACAACUCUUCUGCAGUUUAAGGAUGUUCUUGUCUGCAGCGACUUGAGCGUGUAAAGUGAUUUGUCUGCUCCUCCCCUUGCCUUUCCUUAUACUCACCACUAGUUGGCGCCUUGCAGUCUUUCUCACUCGCGUUGCCAUUCAAACUUGAAGCCAAGAAAAAUGGACGUUUCAUCACUUGCUGUACAUAAAAAGUUCAUGUUUUAGCAGUAACUCUUUAAUCAGAAGUAUUUUUGUUGUGGUGAUGUAGUGACAUGAAGGCGGAAAUAAUCACGUUUAAGAAGACAGCCGAGGGUUCCUGCUACACACACACAUCUAAGUACACACACACACCAUUUGUUUUCUACACACAAACUCAUAUAUGAACAACUUAACACACACACACAGAUUGCUAUACAGACACUCAUUAGUACACACGUUAAUACACACAUACUUUGCUAUACAGAUACACAUUAGUACACACAUAUUGCUAUACUGACAGUGUACACGCAUUGAUACACAAACACACAUUACUACACACAGAUAGCUAUACAGAUACACAUUAAUACACACACACACAGAUUGCUAUAAAGAUACACAUUAGUACACACACAAAGAUUGAUACACAGACACAAAUUAGUACACACACAGAUUGCUAUACAGAUACAUAUUUGUAUACACAGAUUGAUAUACAGAUACACAUUUGUACACACACAGAGAUUGCUAUACAUGCACACACACACAGAUUGAUAGACACAAAUUAGUACACACACAGAUUGCUAUACAGAUGCACAUUAGUACACAGAUUGCUAUACAGAUACACAUUUGUACACACACAGAGAUUGCUAUACAUGCCCACACACACACACAUACAGAUUGAUACAGACACAAAUUAGUAGACCGAUUGAUACAUAGAUAUAAUAGUACACACACAAAUUGAUUCACAGACACACAUUAGUACACACACAGAUUGAUAUACAUACACACAGAUUGCUAAACAGACACACAUUAGUACACACACACAGAUCGCUAUACAGACACACAUUAGUACACACACACAGAUCGCUAUACAGACACACAGUACACACACACAGAUUGUUAUACAGAUACACAUUAGUACACACACACAGAUUGUUAUACAGACACACAUUAGUACACACACACAGAUUGCUAUACAGACACACAUUAGUACACACACACAGAUCGCUAUACAGACACAUUAGUACACGCACACAGAUUGCUAUACAGACACACAUUAGUAGUACACACACACAGAUUGCUAUACAGACACACAUUAGUACACACACACAGAUCGCUAUACAGACACACAUUAGUAGUACGUACACACACAGAUUGCUAUACAGACACACAUUAGUAGUACACACACACAGAUCGCUAUACAGACACACAGAUUGCUAUAAAGAUACACAUUAGUACACAUAAGAUUGCUAUACACACACACUCACAGAGAUUGAUACAGAGACACCAAUUAGUACACACAGAUUGCUAUACAGAUACACAUUAGUACACACACACACAGAUUGCUAUAGAUACACAUUGGUACACACAUAGAUUGCUAUAAAGAAACACAUUAGUACACACACAAAGAUUGCUAUACACACAGAUUGAUACACAAACACGAAUUAGUACACACACAGAUUGCUAUACAGAUACACAUUAGUACACACACAGAUUGGUAGACACACAUUAGUACACACAGAUUGCUAUACAGAUACACAUUAGUACACACAGAUUGAUACAGACACACAUUACACACACACAUGUUGCUAUACAGAUACACAUUAGUACAAACACAGAUUGAUAGACACACAUUAGUACACACACACAGAUUGAUAUACAGAUACACAUUUCUACUCACACAGAUUGAUACAGACACACAUUAGUAUACACACACAGAGAGAUUGAUACACAGUACACACAGAUUACUGUAGAAACACAGAUUGCGACCCAGACACACAUUAGUAUACACACACACACACACACACAGAUUGCGAUACAGACACACGUUAGGACGCACACACAGAUUGUGAUACAGACACACAUUAGUACACACACACAGAUUGUGAUACAGACACACAUUAGUACACACACACGCAGAUUGCGAUACAGACACAUUAGUACACACACACGCACAGAUUGCGAUACAGACACAUUAGUACACACACACACACACACACAUUGCGAUGCAGACAUACGUUAGUACACACACACACAGAGAUUGCGAUCGACACACGUUGGUACACACACACAGAGAUUGCAAUACAGACACAGGUUAGCACACACACACACACACAGAGAUUGCGAUACAGACACACGUUAGUACACACACACACACAAAUUGAGAUACACUUUUGCAAGUAAUUUUGUUCCAAUAACACUUCCAUACUUAAUGCUGACUCCUCAAGGUGUGUCUGGGACUAUGCUGAUCAACCAAACAAUGCAAUAUUAAUUAGACUUAUGUUUGUAUGUACUUUAUUUAUGAAUGGAAAUGUUUGUGGUUUUUAACUUUUCUUUGGGUGUGGAAAAUAAGAUGAUUGCCUAAAAGUGCAGCUCUUUCAAUGAUCAGUAACAACUCAGGAAAUGAAGAAAUAAGCUUGAACUACAACUUGACAUUAAGCCAGUUCUUUGUCGGCGUGUAAAGAAUAAUUUGAUUUGAUUUUCAAAAGCAAUUCUUUAUUUGGUCUCACUUGUAUUUGUGUUGCUUGUCUAUUUAAAACACGCACAAUAUUGUCAUCAUUGUAAACAUGCUGGAAACAUUAAAAGAAAAAGAAGUACAACCUGA